UAGCUGCCGGGUGUGUCAGUGGUGGUGGAAAUUAAGUCAAUGAAAAGCCAUGGAAGACAAAGCAGAGAUACAAGAAGCGAUUAAGAUCCAAGGUGAAGUCGUUCGGAAGCUAAAGUCAGAGAAGGCGAACAAAGAGCAGUGCUAGGGUUGCUUACCACUUUUCUCCUGUUCUUCCUGAAUGACCCUGGAUGACCUCGGCCUGCCUCACUCUUCAUCAUCACCAUCGUCUACCUCACUGUCUGGGAAAUCCCAACCUCCUGUACAUCAUUGCUCAACUUUCUGGCUCUCCUCCUUCUGACAUUGUGAUUGGCUGCUGUGGCUGGUCCUGGACUAUACCACUGGACCUUGCUGUGCUCGUGAUGCACUCCUGAACUUUUGCUUGUCCAAUUUCUGGAUUUUUUUUUUUUUACCUUAUGUUUUUGUAUCCCAUGUGCUGUGGGAUGAACAUGUUGGGCGUGUUGUGUAUUCGUGUUUGCUCUGGUCUGGUGGGCUCUCGGGCUGCGACACGUGCCCUGUCUCUGCACUCUUUCCCUGGGAUCACUGUGGCUCAGAUUGAUGAAGAGGUGGCCAAACUGCUGGAGCUGAAGGCACAGUUAGGAGGAGAUGAUGGCAAACAUCAGUUUGUCCUCAAGACAGCAAAGGGAACAAGGGACUACAACCCCAAGCAGAUGGCCAUCAGAGAGAAGGUCUUCAACAUCAUCGUUGGUUGCUUUAAACGCCAUGGAGCGGAGACCAUUGACACACCUGUUUUUGAACUGAAGGAAACACUGACAGGGAAGUAUGGAGAAGAUUCCAAGCUGAUCUACGACCUCAGAGACCAAGGAGGAGAGCUGCUGUCUCUCAGAUACGACCUCACUGUGCCCUUUGCCCGCUACCUGGCCAUGAACAAGAUAACUAACAUCAAGCGCUACCACAUCGCUAAGGUGUACCGCCGUGAUAACCCAGCCAUGACCCGCGGACGCUACCGAGAGUUUUACCAGUGUGAUUUUGACAUAGCAGGGCAGUAUGAUGCCAUGAUUCCAGACGCUGAGUGUCUGAAGAUCGUGCAUGAAAUUCUCAGUGAGCUGAACCUCGGAGACUUCAGUAUCAAGGUCAACGACAGGCGCAUCCUUGACGGGAUGUUUGCCGUGUGUGGCGUUCCAGAUGACAAGUUCCGCACCAUUUGUUCAACAGUGGAUAAGCUGGACAAGUUGCCCUGGGAAGAAGUGAAGAAGGAAAUGGUGAAUGAGAAGGGUUUGUCAGAGGAGGCUGCCGACCAGAUUGGGGAGUACGUGAGCAUGCGGGGAGGAAUGGACUUAGCAGAGCGCCUCCUUCAGGACCAGAAAAUGUCUCAGAGUAAGGAGGCCUGUGCUGGCCUGUCUGACAUAAAGCUGCUCUUCAGUUACCUGCAGCUCUUCCAGGUCACAGACAAGGUGGUAUUUGACCUCAGUCUGGCCCGCGGUCUGGACUACUACACAGGUGUCAUUUAUGAGGCGGUGCUGACUCAGGCAGGUGUUGCCUCGACACCCACCGAAGGCCAAAAUGAUGCACCUACAGAGGAGAGUGUCAGCGUGGGCAGCGUGGCGGGUGGGGGGCGAUAUGACGGCCUGGUGGGCAUGUUUGACCCCAAAGGCAGGAAGGUGCCUUGUGUGGGUGUCAGCAUUGGCAUCGAGAGGAUCUUCUCCAUCAUGGAGCAGAAAGCUGAGGCAUCAGCAGAGAAGAUUCGUACCACAGAGGUUCAGGUCAUGGUGGCGUCUGCUCAGAAGAACCUGCUGGAGGAGAGACUCCGGCUCGUCACUGAGCUCUGGAACGCUGGCAUUAAGGCAGAGGUGAUGUACAAGAAGAGCCCCAAACUGCUGAGUCAGCUGCAGUACUGCGAGGACUCUGGGAUCCCCCUGGUGGCCAUCCUGGGAGAACAGGAGCUGAAAGAUGGAGUGGUCAAACUCCGCGUUGUGGCCUCCAGAGAGGAGUUUGAUAUUUCCAGAGCGGAUCUCGUAGAUGAGAUCAGGAAGAGGACCUCUGAGGCCUAGUCAUUCCACUUCUGUUCAGCUGCAGCCCAGAUCACAUCAUCUUAACGCUUCAAACAGUUCAAACAGUGCAGACUCUCGUUCAGAAUUUCUCUUCCAACAUGUUAUAGAGCUUGUUGUACAUCGUGUAGCCCUGAAAACACACACACCAUCCUCUAAAGAGCAGCCACACACACACAGACAGGAACAGAGCAGGAGGACUCCAGAAGCAGUGAAGCUGGCUUUAAGUGAAAGGGAACACUAUCAUGAUAGAACACCAUCCAGGAGAUACGUUUUGGAGUAAGUCUGAGAGAUGUAUACUUGCUCUCAGUGUCAGAUUUGUAUGACCGUGUGCUCUGAGGAACAGAUCAUUAAUGUGAUCAAACUGUUCCAGUUCAACAAAGCUGCUGGAGAUCAGUUUGAUCAGAUUAGAAAAACUGGUUUUCAGAGAGGUGCUCAUUUUCUCACAUGCUUUAGGCGUCACAUUUGCUUUCUACUCGAAACCAUCAGAUGGUUUGCUGCAGUCAACUAGUGACGAAACAUUUCUACAUGUGUCAAACAUGCCUGUACUGUCAAGUGUCUGAAAUAAACAAUUCUUCAUUCUUUUCAGAACUAAAAAAACAAA